AUGUCGAAGCCAGGUUUAACCACUCCACCAAGUGCUCGGGCAGGAAGUCCUCUCAAUACAAGUACAGGUGGAAAUGGCAGUCAAUUACCUUCGCUUAAUAAUACUCCACCACCACCUGGCGAAGAUAUGCAGCCAACUCUCCAACAACAACAGCAGCAGCAACAACAACAACAACGAAUGCUUCAUCAACAAUCAUUGCCACCAAUGCAUUUUGGCGGUCCACGAGGUCCUCCACCACCGCAUAUGAUGCAUCCUGGUGGUCUUCCUCCACCUCAACAAGGUCAAUUCGUCGAUGAUUUUUAUGGACAAGGACCACCACCCAUGAUGCACCCGCAUCCACAUAUGAUGCAUGGUCCAACACCUCCUCAUCAUCAUCCACAUAUGGGUAAUUUACUUGGUCCUGGACCACCACCACCUCAUGCACGUGGUAUGAUGCUUAUGCAUGGGCUACCUCCUUCACAAAUGAUGCCACGUACCUAUCCACCACAUACACAUCAUAUUAAUAAUCCACAGAAUCCAAAUUCAUCAUCAAUUGCUAUAUGUGGAUCAUGUCAUAAAGAAGCGCAAGAUACUGAAGGGACGGUGCUUUGUGAAUCUGGAUGUAAUUUUUUUUAUCAUCGAACAUGUGUUGGAUUAUCAGAACACGCACUAAAAAUGCUUAAUCAGGAAAAUUAUGCAGAAUGGGUAUGCGAUAAAUGUUUUGCAGAAAAACAUGUACCACCCGUUAAACUCAAAUCUUGA